AACUGAAUAUUUCGGAACUGUCAUUUUUCAAGUUCAACGAGUUUUGCACGAAUGUUUUUAGUUUGCUGUUUCUAGUGCUGCAGAAAUUUUAUUUCAAUAUGGCUGAAAGUAAGCAUUCUAUCCAAAUUGCCAAAAUGAAGGAACUAAAAAAGAAGAUGAGCACAUUGUAUAAAGAGCAACCCGCUGAAGAGCAGCAGCAACAGGGAUCGUCGCAUUGGGAAACAAUUUACUGCAACAUUAAUUGUGUGAUGGAACAGCUAAAAAUACAUAAUCUGAAAGCGCAACAACUUCAACAAACCGAACCAUGGUCCGAAAAGGAUAUGGUAAACUUAACGAAGAUUCUUGAGCUGGCAUACACUUGUUUUAAGGAUUGCGCUUACAUCAACCAACACGCAGAGAAUGUCGAUGGCAAUCCAUGUAACUCCACAACCCAACAGCCCGUGUUUGGUGAACAAAUGGCCAAACUAAAGCAGCAGCUUGAUCUCCUUGCAUUCGAAAUAACCAAACUAACAACAGUGAAAGAGGCGCUUGAUAAUAUCUACUCUAGCUAUAAUAUGGAGCUGGCUGUUACAUCAAGCGAUCAAGAUAAUGAAGAAGAAGACGUCUUCGACUGAUUUCAAGUUUACGUGCCGAUAAAAACAUUGCCAUUAGUGGUACUAAAUUGUAAUUAUUUAAUAAAUAUUAUUACUAUAGCGUUCAUAAAUCUGUAAUCUAUUGCACAGACAACGGAAAGCAGUUGGGAACGUAAUUUGUUGGGAUGCGAUAAUAAUGUAGAUAAUGCAAAUCAGAAGAAAUAAAUAAUAAAUACAGACAUACAGCAAGAACAACACAUUUUUUAAUUUGUUUAUUCUAUU